AUGUCGGCGCUCAAGAGAAAACGUGGAGGAAAGGGUCCAGGUGGAAAAGCAAAGAAAGUUAAAUUAGUAGAAAAUGGAAAUAAACCUCAAACUACAGAGACGAAACAGAACAAGGAAAUCAGCGUCCCAGCACCCGUGUCAAUGGUAAGUGCGCGUCAAACAUGAAAUUGCUAGCCAGUUAACGUAAGCUAAGCUAACUGUUCGUUGGCUUGUAAAGUUAGCUAGCAAACGUUAGUGAUUUGUCUGUCUUGUAGAAAAACAGCGACAAAACAACAUGGACUGUAACGUUACAUGACUGUAGCUAUCAUCUAUGAAACAAUGUGUUGUUUAAAUUGAUUUGUCUUCCAGGGUAAGUGGAGAAACAAAGAGCGAGUUCUUGUGUUCUCUUCGAGAGGCAUCAACUUCAGAACACGGCACUUGAUGCAGGACCUCAGGACGAUGAUGCCACACACGAAAGCAGGUUUGUUCCUGAACCAAUAUGUGGGCAGACAACUGUAGACCUCUCUGCAAGCAUAAUAUCAAAAUACGUUAAUUACUCAUCAAAUAUGUAGUUUCGCUGAGCAGCUAACAAAAUGUACUCCUGUCACGCACGGUAUGUAUACUGAACAAAAAUAUAAACACAACAUGCAACAAUUUCAACGAUUUUACUGAGUUAGAGUUCAUAUGAGGAAAUCAGUCAAUUAAAAUAAAUUCAUUAAGCCCUAAUCUAUGGAUUUCACAUGACUGGGAAGGGGCGCAGCCAUGGGUGGGCCUGGGAAGGUAUAGGCCCUUCCACUUGGGAGCCAGGCCCACCCACUAGGGAGCCAGGCACAACCAAUCAGAAUUAGUUUUUUUCCCCCACAAAAGGGCUUUAUUAUAGACCGAAAUAAUCCUCAGUUUCAUCAGCUGUCCGGGUGGCUGGUCUCAGAAGAUCCUGCAGGUGAAGAAGCCAGAAGUGGCGGUCCAGGGCUGGCGUGGUUACACGUGGUCUGCGGUUGUGGGGCCGGUUGGACAUACUGCCAAAUUCUCUAAAACGAAGUUGGAGGCGGCUUAUGGUACAGAAAGGACCGUUCAGUUCUAUGUUGGACAUUCCUGCAGUCACAUUUGAGAGAAAUAAGCCUGUUGUGCGUAUGGAAAAUGUAUUUUAUUUCAGGUCAUGAAACAUAGGACCAACACUUUACAUGUUGUUUUUAAUAUUUUUAAUGUUCAGUAUACUUCCAAAAAAGGUUUAAAUAAAAAUGUAUUGUUUUUGACCAAGUGGCCAUGUGUUUUUGACCACCUCUUUGGAAAGAUCACUGUAAAAACAGACUAUAUUGUCUACUUACAUGAAAUAUUAUUGCCUUGUGUGUAGUACGGGUUUGGGUAUGACGUUCAUACACUGUUGGAGGUGAUAAAAUCAAUGAUCUUUCGGGACACUGUACUGCUGCUGGAUCAGCUGACCUUAGCCCAAGAUGUACUCUUAAGGAGCCUAUGGUUACUCAUUAAGGUCCAAGGAACUUUAUAUAAUUUCUUCAGAGGUAGACUGGCUCUGGCAGCCAAAUAAUCUGUCUAAACAUGAUUCGUUUCAAAAUUGCAAUAUGGUUCUAGAAACAUAAAGGCAUUUACUUUCAUAUCGCAUCGAAAUAAUUUCACAAAUGCGAAAUAUACACAGUUGCGCAGCUUUAUCACAGUUGCAGUCAAUAAUAUUUCUGACGAUCUUCAAUUACAGACAGGUUUUCGGAGCAUGCUAGAUAGCUAAAUUAGCACGGGUGGUCCCUCUGUCUUCCGUCUGUCUUCUGUAAACACGUGCUGUAACAUGGAGAUGUGGCCGUGUGGGAACACUAACCCUAUAAAGGUGUGUAUCAACGUAACCUUUUUGUCUUUUGAAAAGUAUUCAUUGCUAAUAUGAACAAUACGGUCCUUAUGCUUCCUAAACCGCAGGCGAUGCUUGUUAAUGUUCAGACUGAGCGUCGGGGCGCUUAACGAAACUCCCCCGUACAGAAGACCCUUUCGUCCAAUGACUUCUGUGUUUUGUAAUGGAACUGAGUCGUGAUCAAGGGCUAAGCCGACCUGUGCGUGAAAGGAAUGAGUGAUUUCUAUUGGAGGUGCCGACGAGGUGGAUUUGGUCAAAAACUAUAUUAUUUCCAGACAAAUGUUUUCAGUUGCUUGUAAAAAUAUAUAUAUAUUAAGACCUUUUGCAUGAUAACAGUAAAUGACGAUAGUUGCUCAGCCAAACUCCAUAUUUUGUGAUUAACGAACGUAUUUUGACAUAAUGCUUGCAGAGCUGUCUAAUGGGAAAAUGAAUGGUAGCUAACUGGGCUAACUGAGACUACUUUUAUAUAUUAAUCUCCUCAUCCCAGACACUGGUUCAGUUUGUUCUGCCCAGAUAUUGGUUCAGUUUGUUCUGCCCAGAUACUGGUUCAGUUUGUUCCCUUUUUACAUGUUUUUUUAAAUGUUUUUUUUUUUGUGGUUUGGUGAAAUUGAUCAAUGUAUGUAGUUAGGUAUAACCCUGGAGACUUGAUCUUACUCUUGCAGACACAAAAAUGGACAGAAAGGACAAACUCUUCGUCAUUAACGAGGUGUGUGAAAUCAAGAACUGCAACAAAUGCAUAUUCUUUGAAGCAAAGAAGAAGCAGGAUCUGUACAUGUGGUGAGUGUCAAGUUAACAGCGGCCAAUCACACACAAGCAUUCUAUUCCUGUCCCCCUGACAUGGCUUCCUGUCACUUGACAAUGUAAUGAUUUAAGUCACUUUCUUUUGUAUAGGGUUGCAAAUGUUCCCCACGGGCCAUCUGCAAAGUUCUUGGUUCAGAAUGGUGAGUGUCAUUGCCUGAGUUUUGUGUGAAAUGACAUGAAUAGACUACAUUUAGCAUUUUGUCUCAAUCAAGUAACAGUGGUAACACAGCUGGUGGUCCAGCGUUGGGCUAGUAACCGAAAUACCUGAGCUGACUAGAUGAAAAAUCUCUGCCCUUGAGCAAGGCACUUAACCCUAAUUGCUCUGGAUAAGAGCGUCUGCUAAAUGACUAAAAUGGAAUAGAAUAAUGAUUGAUGCUCUCUGAAAGUCUGUGGUCAUUUCUCCCUUUUUUUACUCCUCCUGUAGUCCACACGCUCGCCGAACUCAAAAUGACAGGGAACUGUCUGAAGGGAUCCAGACCACUGCUGUCGUUUGAUCCUGUGAGUAUUGCCGUUUCGGUCAACAGCAACAUGAUUCCCAGACACAGAUUAUGCCUAGUCCUGGAAUAAAAUGCUCUGAGAAUAUCCUAAUCUGAGUCUGAUACUCUUGAAACUAACUUCACAUGGGCCUCACCAUCAAGAUGUAUGGGAAUACUAUUUCAUGAACUGGUAUUCUCAACCCAACAGCAAUUUGACAAGGAGCCCCAUUAUGCACUGCUGAAGGAGCUCUUUAUCCAGGUUAGUUUCGUUAUCAUUACUGCAAAAAAAUAUCUAAUACAAUUAUCAUUAUUAGUUGUUUUGCUUUUCUUGUGAUGUUGUGAUCAGUUCAGAAGCGAGUUCUUGCGUUGUUGUUUUUGUAGACAUUUUCGACUCCCCAGUACCACCCCAGGAGCCAGCCCUUUGUGGACCACGUCUUCACGUUCACCGUGACAGACAACAGGAUAUGGUUCAGAAACUAUCAGGUGAGUUUCACUAACUUUCUCCCCUUUCCAUUAUACAGUAUGUGGUCAACUUAUGUGUAAUAUAAUAUUCUCUGAUCAUUUCUAACGGCCCUUUUUAUUAACACAUUCCCUGAUUUUGAUUUAGAAGUAAUGUUCCUGAAUGGCCAAAGUUAUUAGCACAACAUAUGUUUUGAUUUAUUUCUGUGUCCCACAGAUCAUUGAGGAAGAUGCAUCGAUGGUAGAAAUUGGACCUCGCUUCGUCCUGAACCUCAUCAAAAUAUUCCAGGGGAGCUUCGGCGGCCCCACUCUCUUCGAGAACCCACACUUCGAGUCUCCGAACACGGUAAUAUUUCAUGUGAAUCCUAGUGGACUCCCCUCCCGACAUCACCGGUAGAUUUAACCUUUAUCUUCAGUAGGUAAAGCCAUAGUUCAUUGUUAUCUGUCUCCCUCUCCGCAUAGCACCGGUGACUGAUCACUUAUUGAGACAAUGUACUGUUGGUGAUGGGGCGGUCAUGAAUUAUGGUUAAUGUUUCUAGAUCAGAUUGGUUCAUUGUUGUUCUGUCUCCCCUCCCCACAGCACCGGGCAUCUGAUGACUUAUAUUGAGACUGGGACAAUGAUUAGUCAUGGUCUUUCUUGAGUCAUUCAUUGUUGUCUCUAUCUCCCCACAGCACCGGCGUCUGAUCCGCAUGGCCACCGCCUCCAAGCUGAGAGAGAAACAGAUGGUCAAGGAGCUCCAGAAGCUGAAGAGGACGGAGAACAAGGAGGAGGUGACCAGGGACGUGACAGACGACGUGUUUGCCACGCCAGCUGAGGAGAGGCCAGUCCACAUUGAGCUGGAGGCUCCCGCAGCUAAAGUAGUGAAGAAGAACAAACACAAGGCUUUCAAACGACAGAGGAUGCAGAAGCGUUAG